AGAAAAAAAAAACUUCAAAAAAAACCAUCCCCACUGCCUCCCUCCCUCCUGCACUACCCACCGCCGCCCGGCGCCGAUCGAGCCCACUUCAAACCAGAUCCCUAGGGUUUCCCGCCGCCGGCGAUGCCCGCCUCCUCCGUCUCCGGCGGCAGCGGCCCCGGCGGCGUGUCGCCGGACGCCAUCAUCGAGUGGCUGCAGGACGAGAUGGGAUACCCGUCCGCGCCGCCCGCCCCGGAGCAGCUCCGCAAGAUCUGCCGGGGCAACAUGCUCCCCGUCUGGUCCUUCCUCCUCCGCCGCGUCCGCUCCGAGCGCACCGUCUCCACGGCCCGCAAGAACAUCCUCGUCCACGGCGUCGCGGCCAGGCGGGCGCGGGAGGGGGCCGGCGGCGGGGGCGACGCGGCGGCCAGGGAGGCCGAGGCGAGGGAGCGCGACCUCGCCGCGGAGGAGGCCGAGCGGCUGCGGGGCGUCGUGCGGAGGCAGCGGAAGGAGCUGCGCGCCCGCAUCGCGGAGGUCGCGCGCGAGGAGGCAGAGCGGAAGCGCGUCCUCGGGGAGCGCUCCAAUGCCAGGCACAAACAAGUUAUGCUUGAGGCAUAUGAACAGCAAUGUGAUGAAGCAUGCAAGAUAUUUGCUGAAUACCAGCGACGUCUACAUCAAUUUGUUAAUCAAGCAAGGGAUGUGCAAAGGUCAAGUAUAGGUGUGGGGGGACCUGCAGAUGCUGUUGAGGAUAUACAGUUGCAGAGUGAGAGAGAAGAACUCUACUCGACUGUCAAAAGCAACAGGUUGUCAGAUGAUCUCGUAGAGACAUCACGUGAAAGGAGUAUUCGGAAGGCAUGUGAAACUCUUGCUGCAGAUACAAUUGAAAUGAUUCGAAGCUCUUUCCCUGCAUUUGAAGGAAGUGGCAUUAAUUCAAGUUCCCAAUUAGAUGCGGCAAAGUUGGGCAUUGAUCUGGAUGGUGAAAUACCACAGGAUGUUAAAGCUGUGGCAUUGGAUUCCCUGAAAAAUCCUUCAUUACUGCUGCAAUCAAUCAUUACCUACACAUCACGCAUGAAAAUACUCGUACAUAAAGAAACAGACAAGAUUGACAUACGUGCUGAUGCAGAACUUUUGAGGUAUAAAUAUGAAAAUGAGCAGGUCAUUGAUGCUGCUUCAACUGAUGCAAGCUCACCCUUACCAUAUCAGGUAUAUGGCAAUGGAAAGACUGGAUCAGAGCUGUCAACCCGCGGAACAUAUGAUCAGCUACUGGAAAGACAGAAAGAACAUGUUCAGCAAUUCUUGGCCACAGAAGAUGCUUUAAAUAAAGCUGCUGAAGCUAAAGCUCUAAGCCAGAAGCUCCUACAACGCCUUCAUGGUACUAGUGACGCAGCAGGAAGUAAAAAGACACCUACUGGGAACACCUCUCAGACCAUGACUAACAGCAGACACUUGGAGCUUGAUGUUUGGGCUAAGGAAAGAGAAGUAGCUGGGUUAAAGGCAAGCUUGAGUACACUGACAUCUGAGGUACAACGUCUAUAUAAGUUAUGUGCUGAGUGGAAAGAAGCAGAAGACUCCUUGAAGAAAAAAUGGAAGAAAAUAGAAGAAUUUGAUGCUCGCAGAUCAGAACUUGAGUGCAUUUACAAUGCUCUUCUGCGGGCCAAUAUGGAAGCAUCAACAUUUUGGGAGCAACAGCCAUUAUCUGCAAGAGGGUAUGCAUCAAGAACUAUCAUCCCUGCUUGUAAUGCUGUGGUAGACAUGUCAACUAACUCAAGGGAUCUCAUCGAGCGAGAAUUAUCUGCGUUUGGGCAGAGCUUGGAUAAUAGUUUAUGCAGGUUGCCAGCAACUCAUCAGGCCCUUUUGGAGGCUUUGGGCUCCAAUGGUGCUGCAGGAUCAGAAGCAAUUGCAGCUGCAGAGAAACAUGCUGCUAUGUUAACUGCACGAGCUGGCGCCAGAGAUCCAUCUGCUGUGCCAUCUAUAUGCCGCAUCUCUACUGCUCUUCAGUAUAAUUCUGUUUCACCAGGUACAGAAGGCACAGAUUCUGGCUUGGCAUCAGUUUUAAAUUCACUGGAGUUCUGCCUAAAACCUUGUGGUUCUGAAGCUAGUAUACUAGAGGAUUUAUCAAAAGCUAUUAAUCUGGUGCACACACGGAGAAAUCUAGUUGAGAAUGAUCGUGUCUUGCUAAACCGUGCACAUCGUGCUCAACAGGAAUAUGAAAGGGUGGCCAACUACUGUCUUAAAUUAGCUGGUGAACAAGAAAAGGCUGUAUCAGAACGGUGGUUGCCAGAACUGAGAAGUGCAGUUCAAGAGGCUCAAAGGUGUUUUGAGGAUUGUCGACGUGUCAGGGGUUUGGUCGACGAAUGGUAUGAACAACCUGCAGCAACAGUCGUUGACUGGGUGACAAUAGACGGGCAAAGCGUUGGUGCCUGGAUCAACCUUGUAAAGCAACUCCACAUGGAAAUCUCCAGACGAACACUUGCCAUGUCCACGGCAGGUGACGACUAAGAAAGGCAGCUGGUCGUUAGCUCUGCUAUCUCCGCGGUUUGGUUUUUUAGAGGCUUGAUGAUUGGUUGAGUUUGACGCCAGCUUAUCUGCUUGAUAGCCCUGUACCAUAGUCUGAUGUAAUUGUAAUUCUUGGUUUGUUUAUUAGUUUAGUAUAUGUUCUUUAUAUAUUCCACCAUUCGUUCUUGUUAUUUUUGUCAGUUGGCACAUAUGCUGUAAAAAUUGCUCUGAACUUCUGGUUGCUGAUUGUAAUUGUGGCGUGCACAGGCUACUGUUUUUACAGUCGCCCAGCCCCAGCGGUUCACAUUCUUGUUCUACUACAUGCUAGUGUUUCAUGCUACUUAUCGUGAUUACCAUGAUGAUAGUU